AGGGGGCGUUGGAAGGAGGAAAUUGGCUAGCUAACGUUAGCUUGUUAACCGUCCACGGUCUCUCACCACUGACUUCCACUGGAAGUUGAGUCUUUUCUGGGCGACCAACAACUUGCUAGCUAACCAACAUACAAUGGAAGAUAAACUAACAACCUAAGUGCAUAUCAUUUUGUCUUCUAAUAUCAGCUGCCCGUUAGUGUCUUCCUCGGUCAAGUGUUGUGACCAUACGUUUCUUUUCCUCCUUGUUGCGCGCUACUCAAGACACUUUCCUCUUGCUACAGUAGCCCGAAGGAAUCCGUACGAGCCGCUGAGAUCGGUGCAUUCGACAGAAUCCGACGACGCGGGAGAACGUUUGAUAUCCUGUUUGUUUACGUUCCUCAAAGAGGCACAGAUUUCUUCUUGUUAUCCCUGAAUCUCCUGAUCCCUCACCAUGUCUCAGACCGCCAAGUCCGCCUCCAGCCAGGGCACUGAUGUCAAGGACAAGGGAGCCCCUGCCCCCGCUGCCACUAGCAAAGCCACUAAGACCGGAGAACCCAGCGUCGGAAACUUCCGAAUCAUGCUGUUCGACCAGGAGAACUUCCAGGGCAGAAUGAUGGAGAUCCAGAAUGAGUGCAUGAACGUGUGUGAACGCGGCAUGGACAGAGUGCGCAGUAUCAUCGUUGAGUGCGGCCCCUUUGUUGCCUUUGAGCAGACUAACUUCCGUGGGGAGAUGUUUAUCCUGGAGAAGGGAGAGUACCCUCGCUGGGAUACCUGGAGCAACUCUUACCGUAGCGACUGCCUCAUGUCCCUCAGGCCCAUCCGCAUGGACAGCCUGGAGCACAAGAUCUGUCUGUUUGAGCUCUCCGACUUCAAGGGCAAUAAGAUGGAGAUCCAGGAGGAUGACGUGCCCACCCUCUGGGCGCACGGCUUCACCGACAGAGUGGGCAGCGUGAGGGUGCCCGGCGGAGUGUGGGUGGGUUACCAGUACCCCGGAUACAGAGGCUACCAGUACCUAUUUGAGUGUGGUGACUACAGACACUACAACGAGUUCUGUGCCUUCCAGCCUCAGAUCCAGUCAAUGCGUCGCGUCAGGGACAUGCAGUUCCACCAGCGUGGUUGCUUCAACCUCACCUCCGCCAGCAAGUGA